CACCGACCCACGACCCAAUGGAAGCUGUCUCUAGCUCGUGGGACUACAACUGUACAUACUUAUCUUCAUCUCGGCAUCUUUCUUGGACGGCCACCUAUUCUCGGUCGAACUUGUGUAGCCCUCCUAUAAUUCCUUCACACGUCCGCCUCUUCCUUGCGGCUCAUACAUCAUGGCGGACGACCAAAUCUCAUUGCCAUAUCUACUGGCCAUCCUGGUCGUCUCGGGAUUGAUAAUACGAUAUCUGUUCUUUGGAGGACCGUCGCCACCUCAGCCCACACGAUCCCCUGAAGCUUUCCUCCGGUCAAGAGAAAUUGCGGUCGAGAGAAUACAGCAAAUGUUUCCGCAGGCGGAUCGACGGAGUAUUCUAUGGGAUCUCCAGCGCAACGGAGGAAACAUCCAGAGCACGACAGAGCGAAUACUAGCAGGACGACUGGACACGCCCCCCGUGACUUUCCAACCGCCGCCCCCUCCGGGCCAGUCCGCACCGAGCAGCAGCGCAGCGACGGCAUCUCGACAGCCGGAUAAGCCAGCGCAGCCGAAUCUUAUCACCCGGUAUAACCUCAAGGACAAGUUGGAUACUGCGUCGCAGGAGGAGCAGGAUGUCAAGGGCAAGGGAUGGAGCUCAAACAGAGACGAGAGGCAAGCUUCGCUGCAGAGGAGGAGGGAUGAGAUGAUUCUUGCGGCGCGGAGGAAGAUGGAGGCUAAGCUCGCGGCUGAGAAGGCAGCUCAGGGGAGCUGAUAGGAUACAAAGACGCAUGAUAUAACUUAGUAGAUACCAAGGUGGCCAAGCAUUGUAUUGUUUUGACGGUGGUGUCAUGUCGCGUGCCAUUUUGAUGGGGACGAGUGUCCUGCUUUCUUCCAUGAUACUCAUGUUUAGACAAUCCUGUAUUUGUAAAGAUACUAGGUUAUCCAGUGCAAGAAUCUAAGGUGCUUGUAUAUCGAGUUGUAAGAUCUGCAUCAACGCUUCUGCAUUUCAAGCAGUGUUGCCAUGUUGCCACCAGAGACUUAAGAUGCCGCUUUGCCUGAAUAUCUGUCAUAGGUCUAAUAACACUAAAACACUUAUCUAGUACUCAAAAAUAUUUCACUCUAACUUCACCUGUUUCUCAGAUCUGUUCUGAGAUUUACACCUACCAGCCAAGCCUCAUGUGAAGCUGAUAGUCAGAGAUGUGGCAGUGCUUGCGUGGCUUUGUGGCGAUGGUCUCGGGAGAUUGUCAGGAAAUGAAUGUCUAGCAACGAACUAGCGCAGCUCUAGAAGUGCCAGAAGGCCUCCGGAUACAACCAAAGCGAAAUUCAAG